GCAAAUUGGAUGGAGCCAUGGAGGGUUUGAGCCACGCGUUUUUCUCGCCGACUAAGGAAAAACCGGCAGCAGAGUGACCCCCCAAACCGCGAUUAAUAGAGAGUGCUUAUCGUCCAAAAUCACACCAAAAGACUAAAAUACCCUUCAAUCGUUUAUCCAAAGUCUUACAAAUGAAGGAACAUCACCGAAAUUAUAAGGAUAGGUUUGGUCAUAUGUAAUCUUAGUUACCCGUCAUCAUCCGAAAGCUAACGCUAAGCAUUCCCUAAAAUCAAAGUCCUCAUCUCAACCCCCCUCUCUCUCUAGCAAAGAAGAACUCGAGCUGCUUCAAUUUCGGGCUGGGAUCAACAGAUCCAAGCUCUAAGACUCAUUACUGACAGUUCUUCCGAUUUCACUUCUCAGCUCGUUUUCUUCUGUUAAAUCCAGCAAUGUCAUUGUUGUUCAUGAUUGGCAGAUAGAGGAUCUCUGGAUUUGGAUUCUGAUCGGAGUAUAAAGUCGGGAGUUAGAUGGGAGCCGUGCCUUCGACGCCGCGCAAGAACGCGCGGCCGCAGGACACGGCGGAAUACCUAAUCGGCACCUUCGUUGGAAAGAAGUCCUUCCCUAUUUCCUCAGAUUUCUGGCAGAAAUUGCUCGAGCUUCCCCUUACUAUUGAAUGGCCGGAUCACCGAAUUCGUCAAGCUUGCGAACUAUUAGCACAGAACAAUUAUCACACAAGGCAUCUUGCAAAGCUUUUAACUCAUCUGGUCCGGUGUCUGCAAGAGUCUAUGUCAACUUCUGUCGGGCCAUCAACAAUAUAUACAAAGGCUGUGAAUGCAGCACAUAUGUCAUCUGUAUUUCUGAAAUACUUGAUUGAAAAUGCUAAAAGUGAUAAUUUCACAGAAUUGUAUCUUACACUGGAUGAAGGUGAAACAACAACAGAAGAAUAUCUCCCAAGGGAUCAAAACCUUGAAAGUUUUGUUAUGCGUGGCAUGCUUAGCUUUAUUGGCACAUCAGAUGUAAGUUCUCAUACGUGUCUCCUCCAUCAUGAACUGCUGAACUUUAUGCUUGUGGCAAUGUCAACUCAGCUGCAUUCAGGGCCAUCUCCUGGGCCAAAAGAUGUGCAUCCAUUUAUUGAUGCAGCAAUAGCUGAGGAAAUUUCUUUGGUUAGUUCAGUUGUUCGCAGAUUACUGCUUAAUUAUAUUGCACAACCUCGCCUUCCUUUAAAUGGUGCUCCUUAUUCCAUUUUUUCUGAAGUAGGUCAGCAUGGUGUUCUUCAGAAAGUUGGUUCUGCUGCUGCAAAUCUUGUAUUAUUUCCAUUCAAUUACUUAGUUGGUUCGAGUGGUGAUGGAUCUAGAAGCCCAUUGGCAGAGAACAGUCUUCUUCUGUUGCUUAUUCUCAUACACUAUCGCAAAUGUGUUAUGCUAGAUGAAUCCACAACAGAUAAAAGUGAAGAUAGUGCCACUUCAGAUUCUCUUCUGAAAGAAACAUCAUACUUUUAUGACAACCCUUACUGCAAAGCCUUAGAAAAUGCUCGAGAUAUCGAAUUUGAUCGUGUUGAUGUUGAGGGGAAUGCACACAAUGGACCACUUGUGAGAUUGCCUUUUGCUUCUUUAUUUGACACCCUUGGACUGUAUUUGGAUGAAGAGAGCUCUGUCCUGCUGCUCUACUCGUUGGUGCAUGGGAACUCUGAUUUUUUGGAAUACGUUUUGGUGCGGACAGAUUUGGACACAUUGCUGAUGCCUAUUCUUGAAACACUUUACAAUGCUUCAAGGAGGACGUCUAAUCAAAUCUACAUGUUGCUGAUUAUCCUUCUCAUACUAAGUCAGGAUUCAUCUUUCAAUGCUAGCAUCCACAAGCUGAUACUGCCUAAUGUUCCAUGGUACCAAGAACGCCUCCUCAACCACACAUCUCUUGGUUCUCUGAUGGUCAUAAUACUCAUAAGGACUGUGAAGUACAACCUAUCUAAGCUGCGGGAUGUAUACCUCCACACAAAUUGUCUUGCAACUCUGGCAAACAUGGCACCACAUGUUCACAGGUUGAGUGCAUAUGCAUCACAGAGGCUGGUUAGCCUUUUUGAUAUGCUUUCUCGCAAGUAUAACAAAUUAGCAGAGCUAAGAAAUGAUAAGAUGGUAAUGACCAAGGCCAACUCAGUAGGAGGAAGCAUUGCAGAAGAUAUGUCAACGGAGCUGCACAUUUAUACCGACUUCCUAAGAAUUGUACUAGAAAUCUUGAAUGCAAUCCUUACAUAUGCCUUGCCUCGGAAUCCUGAGGUUGUAUAUGCAAUAAUGCACCGUCAGGAGGUAUUUCAGCCUUUCAAGAAUCACCCACGCUUUAAUGAGCUUCUUGAAAAUAUUUACACUGUGCUAGAUUUCUUCAAUAGUCGAAUGGAUUCUCAGAGAAUGGAUGGUGAAUGGUCAGUGGAAAAAGUCCUCCAAGUUAUAAUCAUCAACUGCCGAUCUUGGCGAGGUGAAGGGAUGAAGAUGUUUACUCAAUUGCGAUUUACAUAUGAGCAAGAGAAUCAUCCAGAAGAGUUCUUUAUUCCAUAUGUGUGGCAGCUAGUGCUAUCUCGCUGCAGCUUCAGUUUUAAUCCUGGUGCCAUAAAUUUGUUCCCAGUUGAUAUGCCUGUAGAAGAUGCUGAUGCCAAAGAGGAAGCUGACAGGCAUCAAGAUGGUGAGUUGAACGUCGUCGUAUGAGGAGGUUACCUGGAUGCGUUGUAUGGGGUGUUUGAGCUUCCGUCUGUCAGAAGGUGCUCCUUGGUGAAUAUGUAAAUACGUGCAAUAGCAGAAAGUAUUCUUCUCAUUCUUUUCUGUUUAUAUGUUGAUGUGAAACUGACAGUGUUGAGGGCCUUUCCAUAUAGAAAUUGAUGUUAUAUCAAUCAUUGUAUUGAAUAAAUGAGAGAGGAGAGAGAGGUUGCUCAUGCUAUUCCAUAACACGGGAUGUCAUCCUUACAAAGAUAAAUAAGCCAAGCCGGACGUUCUUUCUCUGCCCUUACGCCUUGGAACUUGGAAGUUGGAAGUGCUUUCACACCUAUAUGAGAUUAAAAGGUAAAUAAAUUUGGAAUUUACUCAACUAAGCUAAAUACAUAUAGCUUCUGCCCUGCUGUUAUCCUUGUAUUAGUGGGAUCUACACUGAUAUAGAAAUGUUACCAUAUUUAUAUCGGUUGUUUUAAGAAAGUGUAUGGGAAAUGCACUGUUCGUAUUUGUAAGUURCAAUAGUUAUGUUCCACCUGUUUAGAAGAGAGUCGGUCCUGCUCGUUUUUUCUUA